GCGAACGGCCACAGAUUCUUACACAGAUGAGUUUGAUGCACAACAUUUAUCACGAAGACUUUGCUGUGAUUAAUUUGUGCAGGAGACGCUUUUGUGCUUCUUCCGGAGCACUGCUGACUCGACGAUCGUCCUGAGGAGCAGCAGCGUGGGGUAAAUGGAUGGGAGGGUUCACUGGGAGAGACGAAUGAAUGAACAGCUGGAUGAUGGGAUUCAACAAAGACAUGAUCUGAACCGAUUUGCACCGAUUUGCACUUAGUGCUACACUAUCAAGCCUCCCCUGAUAUUUCGCUGCUGGCUCCCGUCUUUUGUUGACAUCAUAAGCGUGUGUGCGACGGCCCGCGGUCCUCUGCAAACUGUCGAUAUUUUCCUCCCCUCUUCUACUUUCAUUUAUUUGAGGCAAAUUAUUAGAACCGUCUGCUAAGAAGGAAUAAGAAGACGUCGUGCAGGUCGGACGUCCUUAUCUGGGUCUCCCACGUCCUUCCCCAACGAGUUGUGUCUCUUGACGUGAUGGCUGUGUUUUUGGUGCUUCUUCUCUCCACGCUCCUCCUGUCUCUACACUCCACUCCUCUACGAGCCUCUCCUUCCUGCCCUGUGGGCUGUCGCUGCUACAGCCUCACUGUGGAGUGUGGCUCCACAGGACUGAGGGACAUCCCCAAAUACAUCCCUUUAUCCAUACAGACCAUCUUUCUCCAGGACAAUGUGAUUGGUCAGAUCCGUCGACAGGACCUCACCAUGCUGAAGCACCUGCACUAUUUGUACCUGCAGAACAACACCAUCUCAGCCGUGGAGCCUGGCUCUUUCCAGAGCCUCGGUCAGUUAUUGGAGCUAGCACUGAAUGGAAACCGCAUCCAUUUGGUGACAGCUGACAUGUUUCAGGGACUCGAACAUCUACGCAUUCUGUACCUGGCACGAAACGACAUCACACGGCUGCUGGACUACACCUUCCGUGGCCUACCGCGUCUGCAGGAGCUCCACUUACAGCAUAAUAGUAUAGAGACGUUAGCCGACCAGGCUUUAGUUGGUUUGACUUCUCUGGCUCUGCUGGACCUGAGUAGGAAUAACCUCCACACAAUUGGCCCUGCAACACUGCGGCCUCUAGUGAGCCUGCAGGUCCUGCGUAUCACAGAUAAUCCAUGGCGCUGUGACUGUGCGUUGCAUUGGCUGAGGACCUGGAUUGAUGAAGAGGGUCAGCGUCUGCUUAGCUCUGCAGAACGUCGACUAGUUUGCACCGAGCCACCACGCCUGUCCCAUCUGAGCUUGGUGGAGGUUCCUCUCAACAGCUUGGUCUGUAUCCCUCCCUUGGUGCAGCUGGAGCCCAAGAGGCUUGCAGUGCAUCUGGGAGAGAGCCUCAGGGUGUCGUGCCAUGCCACUGGUUAUCCUCGGCCACAGGUGACCUGGAGGAAGGCUUCCCAGGGUAAAGUAGUCCUUUCUCCCAGAGGCCUGGUUCAGGAGUUGGAUGCAGGUGGAGGUGGAAUGGGAGGAGCAGAGGAGCCCUCGCAGGAAGGCAGAGUCAGUCUCCAGAAGACUAAUGGCGAACUCUUUGACCCCGACACUGGCAGUGGCAUGUUGUUUCUCAGUAAUGUAACUGUGGCUCAUGCAGGCUUCUAUGAAUGUGAAGCAUGGAACGCAGGAGGUGUGGCUAGAGUCACCUUUCAACUUGCCAUCAACUCAUCAACAUCUUCCUCAUCUUCUUCCUCCAUCUGGGCUUCAUGGUCCCAGGUGUCCCUACCGUACUCACCUGCCUGGCCUCGACUGAGGAGCCACGGUCCUGCUUUGGGCUCAGAUGUAAGCCGGGAACCCCUAUAUGCUCUGGGCAGCAUGGCCUUCAGUGCUCUGGGAGCUGCCACUCAGACUGCCAUUGCUGUGGGCAUCUCACUGCUGACUUUGACUGCUCUGCUGCUUGUCGCCAUGAUCUACAGUCGACAUCACCAACGGGACAAAGAGGCUGAUGGGGCUGAAAAGGAGGAGAGCAUCUUGUAUGUGAAUGACUACUCUGAUGGCCCCACUACCUUCGCCCAACUGGAGGAGUAUCGUGAUGAGCGUGGCCAUGAAAUGUAUGUCCUCAACAGGGCCAAGCCUGUGCUUCCUCCUGCUCCGCCAACAGCUGUGUCCACCACUAACCUGGGCUGUUCAGCACCAUCCGAUACCUCCAGCCACACCCUCUCCUCGGGGCCUGGCCAGACCAUGAGCCCCACUCUGGCCCCUGACAAGCAGCAGCAGGAUGGUGACAUACGGACCAUGAGGAGAAUGGCAGGGGAGGGAGGGGAGGCAGAGCCCGUGAUCACAUUAGAGGCAGAAGGAAUGUUUCUCAACCACACAGGCCUCUUCAUAGACUCUCCCAUUGCUUAUGAGAUCCACUGCUAAAGGAAGAAAGCAAUUCUGGAAGACAGAGCAAAUAUGUGUGUGAACCAGUGGUUUACAGCUCAGCCUUUCUUGUUUAUGGACUAACAGGAGGCCAUUAUUGGAAUGUACCAAAAAAGGCACAGAAGUACUUUUCUGUGUGAAAGGAUUUUCCUUCUGCAAAACUACACUGACAAACGUUAAUGGAGUCAAUUUCAGUACAAAGCAGAGCUCAAAAUCUGUCUGACCUCUAAAACACAGACAUACUGUGAUGUUGUUUGCCAAAAAAGCGAGUAGGUGAGUGACUCGGUGGUCAGUCAGAGGCUCCUAUACUCCAAGACAUUAACUACAGCUUCACACAACUGCACUGUCCUGCACAUGAUUAACUUUCACACCUUUUAGCAUUACUGGUGUGCUAACAUCUGCCCUGUCAAGACCUCAGAGCUCACUGGGAGGCUGAGUACAGGAAAGAGAGAAAUCAUGGCCCCUUCCAGUUCAUGAAUAUGUGGGAAAUCUGUGUUAUAUAGCCUAACUGCUGUCAGUGUCUGGAAGUUUUAAUUUAAUCCCAGGGUAGAAAUACAGUGCAUUUUGUAGUUAUAUAACUGUGUAGAAAAAUGUCAGUCUGAGUUUUAUUCUCAAUUCUCAUUCUCUCUCAUCAUCAUUUUACUCAUCUGUGUUGCUUAGUGUCCUAACAGACACAAAAAUGAAUCUCUCCUCUCUGUAGUAUGAACUGAGCUCAGUUUACCCCAACUCUUUUGGAUUUAUCCGUCUUUAUUGAUACUAGCAUGUGCGGUUGGGAAUGAAUCUGAGUCCUUGCUGAGUUUUCCAGUCCACACGGAGGCAGAGUUCUUAGCUGAGCAAAAAACGUCAGCUAUACGAUCUGUAUUUGACUGCUUCUGAAUGAACGAGCUGUUGUGAUUGAGAAAUAAAGUUUUCAAAGCAGAAAGAGACAAGGCUUGAAAAAACAAGAAAUGAGUACCUAGUAAAGUCUACCUGACUGAAUGUUUUUGCUUUUAAAUGAUCACG